GUGUGUGUGUGUUGUGUUUGGAGGAGGGACUCCAUCAUUUAAAGAAGUUAGAAGUUCCUGGUUUGUCAGUGAAGAAGUCAGAGAGGCAGCAGUAAACCAUCAGAGCCUCAACAUGAAAGUCCGUCACACUUUGAUCUGCUUCUUCUUCCUCUCUCUGCAGGAUGGAAACACUGGUCUCACCAAUGACCAAAUCCCAUCUGUCUAUACAGGAACUGAAGGAGGAGAUAUCACGGUUACAUGCUCCUUUUCUUCAUAUGGAAGCUCGAUUUUCUUUUGCAAGAGAGAAUGUAAACGAGAGGACAUCCUCAUUCACACAACUGGUGUCAGAGAUCAGAGAGGCAGAUACCGCAUCAGAUAUGAGAGAGGAGGAAAUAUUUUCGUGAGCAUCACACAGCUGACCAAGUCUGACUCAGGACUGUACAGAUGUGGUCUGGGUGGAUCAAACAUCAGGUUUGAAAUCAUUGUUGUAGAUGCUCACGUAGUUCCCACUUCAAAACCAAAAUUCACUCUACUGGUCUUUUCAACAUCAGACCCAUCAGCCUCCAAACCAACACAGAUUUCUCAGACUGACCAGCAGCAGACUGGGACAGCAUCACCUCGAGCUCAUGUAGUUCCCACGUCAAAACCAAAAUUCACUCUACUGGUCUUUUCAACAUCAGACCCAUCAGCCUCCACACCAACACAGAUUUCUCAGACUGACCAGCAGCAGACUGGGACAGCAUCACCUCGAGGUGUGCUGCAGUAUGUUGUUCCUAUUCUUGUCAUCAUUGUCAUCCUCUCAGGGCUACCACUGAUGAUAAUCUACAUUCAGUGGAACAGCAAACCUAAAGGUUUGCAGACCAGAGGAAAUUCAGAUGAAACAAUCAUGGAGAUCGCCCUCUAUGAGAACUGUCCUCCAGCUUCUACAUCUGAGUCCACUUACGAGAGCCUCGAUCCUGCAAGCAGGGAUCAGAACCAGACCUACGCUACACUCACACACACACAACACAAAUGACAUUCUUUGUGUCAUGUGUUUAGACCUUUGUCACACACAGGUGUGAGGUUCUUUUCUUAUACCAGCAAAUUAUUAGUUAAUUCCACUGUUAAGGAAGACACCAAACCUUUAUACAAUUUAUUCCCACUACUACACAACUCAAUAAAAAUGUCAGGGACAAUAUAAAAGGCUAAAAAGUUUUUAAAAGUCCGGCAUUAAGAAAUGGAACAGUCCAAUCUACCUGAGUUCUAAAAAAAAAAAAAAAA